AUGGACGCUCGCAAGAAGAAGAGAAAGGUCCUUCUCAUGGGCAAGAGCGGCUCGGGCAAGUCGUCCAUGCGCUCAAUUAUCUUUAGCAACUACGUUGCCAAAGAUGUGCGCCGGCUCGGUGCCACGAUUGAUGUCGAGCAUAGUCAUGUCAAGUUUAUGGGCAACCUGACUCUGAACCUGUGGGACUGCGGAGGACAAGAUGCCUUCAUGGAAACCUAUCUCGCCUCCCAGCGCGGCAACAUCUUCUCCGACGUCGCGGUCCUAAUCUACGUCUUCGACAUUGAAUCGCGCGAGGUCGACCGCGACCUAGACACCUACAGUGCGAUCAUAGAAGCUCUCCGCGAAUUUAGCCCUAACGCCUACGUCUUCUGCCUCGUGCACAAAAUGGACCUGAUCCAAGCCGAGCACCGACAACGCAUCUACGAAGAACGCUCAGCGUUGAUCCGCUCCCGCUCCGAACAAUUUCGCGUCGACACCUUCGGCAGUAGCAUCUGGGAUCAAUCGCUAUACAAAGCCUGGGCGGGCAUCGUCCACAAGCUCAUUCCGAACCUGACCGUUAUCGAGCGGUUCCUCAGCGCAUUUGCAAAGAAGAUCGACGCCGAGGAAGUGAUCCUCUUCGAGCGCUCGACCUUCCUAACGGUCACAUCCGUCUCCUCGGAAGUCGGCGACCUCAACCCUAUCUAUGACCGCCACGAGCGCCUCUCAAAUAUCAUGAAAGCGUUCAAGCACUGCGCCGCCCGGAAUACCCUCACAACACCUGCCUCCGCCGGCUUCGUCGUCAUGCACACCAAAACUCCCCAGUUCAACAUCUUUCUUGGCCGCUUCACCGAUAACACGUACAUCUUCCUCGUCGUUCCACCAGGCGAGGCUGCGUAUAACUGCGCCGUCCUGAACACCAUGCUCGCCCGCGAGGGCUUUUCAAAAGCAGCCGCCUCCGGCCGGUCAGAUGGGUUCCCGUUACCACCGCCGGACGGCCCUGAGGAUGCCACGAUGAAUGGAGUGGCCAUUCAAGCAUGA